AUGCUUAAAAUAAACAACUACAAUCCUGCCUUUGUAAACCGCACCCACCUGUCUCUCUCAAUCUAUAAACCCUUCAUCCCCUGCCCUGUUGCGGUGACGGCCGUACCCUGCCUCGGAGCGGCGGACCCGUCCCGCUUCGCUGUCGUCUGCGGCAGCGGGAACGACCCCUCCGGGCCCCGCUCGCCCAAUUCUCUUUUACAGCUGAAUGAGCUAGUGGUGGGAGACACCAACGGGAAACUCUAUGUUUACAAGAAUGAUGACAGCAAACCCUGGGCUGUGCGAUCUUGCCAAGGAAUGCUCACAUGUGUUGGUGUGGGAGAUGUAUGCAAUAAAGGAAAGAAUCUUGUGGUGGCGGUGAGUGCAGAGGGCUGGUUUCAUCUUUUUGACCUGACUUCUCCAACUUCAAAACACCCAGAUGCUUCAGGCCACCAUGAGUUGGCAGCAGCAGAAGAGCAGAAGCCAGUGUUCAAGCAGCAUAUUCCUGCCAACACCAAGGUCAUGCUGAUCAAUGACAUUGAUGGAGAUGGGAAGUGUGAGCUGGUGGUGGGUUACACUGACAGGGUGGUACGUGCCUUCCGCUGGGAGGACUUGUCGGAGAAUUCAGACCAUAUCUCUGGGCAGCUGCUCCUGUUGAAGAAAUGGCUGCUAGAAGGUCAGGUGGACAGCCUCUCUGUGAACCCAGGCCCUGAUGGCUCACCGGAGAUGAUGGUGUCUCAGCCAGGCUGCGGUUAUGCCAUUCUUCUGUGCACCUGGGACUCAGAGCAGCAGGCCACGACAGAGGGAAGAGACAACUCUGUCCCAAGCAGCGAGGCCCCUAUUCGAGAUGUUAUUCUACACCAAACAUCUGGACGGAUUCACAACAAGAAUGUUUCCACUCAUCUAAUUGGUAGCAUUGGCCGAGGCUGCUCCAGUGAGAAUAGUGGCUCCGGUCUCUUCGCCCUCUGUACUCUGGAUGGGACAUUGAAACUCAUGGAGGGAGCAGACAAGCUGCUUUGGUCUGUGCAGGUUGAUCACCAGCUGUUUGCUUUGGAAAAGCUGGAUGUUACUGGCAAUGGGCAUGAGGAGGUGAUUGCCUGUGCAUGGGAUGGCCAGACAUACAUCAUCGACCACAAUCGGACUGUUGCCAGAUUUCAAGCAGAUGAGAAUGUCAGUGCGUUCUGUGCAGGCCUCUAUGCAUGCAAAGGAGGAAGCAACAGCCCCUGCCUGGUUUAUGUCAGCUUCAAUCAGAAGAUCUACAUCUACUGGGAUGUGCAGCUGGAGAGAAUGGAGUCCACCAACCUGUUGAAAAUCCUGGAUUGUGACCCAGAGUUUGAAAACCUCCUGCAGCAGCUGGGUGUAGAAAGAAGCAAUGUUUCUGCUGUCAAAGAUCUGAUUCACAAAACACUGUAUUUUCCUGAGAAACAGCAGCAGAGCAGCCCCUCGCAGUGUCAGGAUCCUGCUGGAACAGACUCCUCUGCCCACUACACUGUCAUCCAGGAUCCAUUAUAACAAGUCACAUGGAGGCUGACAUCUUCAAUACCAGCACAAACUCUUCUCUGACUGGAAUUGGGCAUCUAAGGAAGAGGAGACUGUUCUUGUCCAAUCUCUGUCAAAGCUUGCAGACAGCAAAGGGUGUACAGGCUGGGUUCUGCGGAGGGAUGUGCUUGGCUGUAGGCUUGAGUGAAGGUGGUGGGUUGAUUUGCUUUUGGCUGAGCAAGCUACCAGAACAGCGAGAGUCCAGGGUCCUGCUCAUUUGCCUUCCAUUGCCAGUUUCCAUGUUCUCUGCUAGCUAAGGUGCUUUAUGGGUGACUGUGAAGGAGCACUGAGGGCAUAAGUGGAGAGAACAGCUGAGCUCAGUCUCUGUUUUGUCCUAUUCUUGCUGCUCUAGUGAUUACUUCUGAAUUCUUAGCAGGAUCACAGCACAGGAGCUGCAGAUGGAGGAACCAAGUUAGGGAGCAGGUGAGGGCCUUCUUUUCCAUUUAGGUGUGUUUUUAAAGUAGACCCAGGCAUUGUUUGCCUUUGCUCUGCUGCUGCUCUUCUACAAGCAGUUUCUCACGAACUAUCUCCCGUUCCGAGGAGCUGGAGACAUGUGUGAGAAGAACCACAACUUGCACUAAUAAAAUCUUGAGAGGUAACAGCUCCAGUGAACCCCAGCUGUACUCGAGAGGCAUUGCUUGUCUCCAUUGUCUUGGGCAGGGUGAUCCCAGAGAUGGCUGUGACUUAGCAAAGCAGCUGUGAACUGGGCAAUAAGAGGAGUCUGUCUUAACUGUGGAUCUGUGGUGCUGUGAGCUUGGCCAUUCCAUAAUAAGCAGUGGAAAUGCCACACUUCCUUCUUGUUGUGGAGAGUGCCAUGCUAUUUUGAGUCCUGCACAACUGAAAGAGGUGGACUGGACGUGGCGUUCCACUCACUGGUAUACGGAGUCUGGAAAUGGCCGUUGCUCACCCAGGCUGCUUGUAUGCAAAGGCCAGGGCAGGAACCUUUCCACAUGCUUCUGGUGUUCUGCUUUUCCCCAUCUCAGCUUGCCCCUUUCCUAACUCAACUUAUUAGGAUAGGAGCAGCAGGCUCACCUGCUGUUUUGCACCUAUUAUCUUCUCUGACUUGUGUGAUGUUUUGGAUGUGCAUAACGGAUGGAGCUGUCUCUUCACCCUUAUGGCAGCCUGAGGGGGUUUCAUCCAAGCCAGAGCAAAUAUUCAGUGAUCUCUUUUUAGCAAAUGGUAACAUUUAAAGAUCCUGCAGGCUGUUGAAAUCCUGCUGUGCUAUACUCUGCAAAACAUCCAAGGGCAGCUCUAACUGGGAGAAAGACUUUGUAUAGCGGAAAGGAGUGUCUUGCCCUUGGGUCAAAAGGACUGUUGUUAAAGUAGCCCUAUGUGGUAGAAGGGCAGGAUCUUUAUGUAAUAAGCCCUAGCUUUUCUUUGCAAUUUCCAUCCAUAGAUUUAUAUAAGCUUUGUAGAGGACAGCUUCUGUCCUCUGCAUUUGAUAGCUGUGAAA